UGGGGGAAGUGACGGCUCGGGCUCGGUGUCGGGUUUACGCGCGGAGACCUAGGACCUUGGUGGCUGUGUUGACGCGUGCGUCCCGUCCUUGGUUUGGGGCGGGGUCGCAGUCACCUGAACUCUGGGAUAACGUGUUUCGUCUGUUGUAGCAUGAGGGCCGACCUUCCUCCCCGUGGACCUCGGGUCUUGCACAAGUGCUUCUCUGGGCUGGGUGUCAUGAAAGGCCUGCUCUCAAGAUGCAGAGCACUGUCCGUCCUGGCCAUCUGCAGCCACCAGCUCUCUGGGUCCAGUCCUCACAGGUUUUACCACUGUGACCCUGAGAGAGGGAAGCGCUUGGUGCUGUCUCGCAUGUUCCAGCCCCAGAACCUUCGGGAAGACCAGGUGCUCUCUCUCGAGGACACAUCUGGCGACCUGACCUGUAAGAGCCAGAGGCUGAUGCUGCAGGUGGGCCUGAUCCACCCAGCAAGCCCCGGCUGUUACCACCUCCUGCCUUACACUGUGCGAGCCAUGGAGAAGCUCGAGCGGGUGAUAGACCAGGAGAUGCGGGCCAUCGGGGGGCAGAAGGUCAACAUGCCCAGCCUCAGUCCAGGGGAGCUCUGGCGAGCCACCAACCGGUGGGACCUCAUGGGCAAGGAGCUGCUAAGACUUAGAGACAGACACGGCAAGGAAUACUGCUUGGGACCCACUCACGAGGAAGCCGUCACAGCCCUGGUCGCCUCCCAGAAGACAGUGUCCUACAAGCAGCUCCCGUUGCUGCUGUACCAGGUGACAAGGAAGUUUCGGGACGAGCCCAGGCCCCGCUUCGGUCUUCUCCGCGGCCGGGAGUUUUACAUGAAGGACAUGUACAGCUUCGACUCCUCCCCAGAGGCUGCCCGGCACACCUACGGCCUGGUGUGCGAGGCCUACGGCAGCCUGUUCCGCAGGCUGGGGCUGCGGUGCAUCAGGGUCCAGGCGGACGUGGGCAGCAUCGGGGGCACUGCGUCUCACGAGUUCCAGCUGCCGGCCGACAUCGGGGAGGACCGGUUUGCCGUCUGUUCUGGCUGCGGCUUCUCGGCCAACACGGAGACACUGCGCUGGCUGCAGACUGACUGCCCGUCCUGCCGGGGCCCACUAACUGAGGCCAGAGGCAUCGAGGUGGGGCACACGUUUUACCUGGGCACCAAGUACUCCUCCAUUUUCAAUGCCCAGUUCACUGAUGCCCAGGGCAAGCCGUGCCUGGCCGAGAUGGGCUGCUACGGCCUGGGCGUGACGCGGAUACUGGCCGCUGCCAUUGAGGUGCUGUCCACGGAGGACUGCCUUCGCUGGCCCGGCCUCCUGGCGCCUUACCAGGUGUGCCUCAUCCCCCCGAAGAAGGGCAGUAAGGAGGAGGUGGCCGCCGAGCUCAUGGACCACCUGUAUGACCUCAUCACGGAGGCCCUGCCGCAGCUCCGCGGGGAGGUCCUGCUCGACGACAGGACCCAUCGGACCAUUGGAAACAGACUAAAAGACGCCAACAAGUUUGGCUACCCCUUUGUGAUCAUCGCAGGCAAGAGGGCCCUGGAGGACCCGGCACAUUUUGAAGUUUGGAGCCAGAACACCGGUGAGGUGGUCUUCCUCACCAGAGAGGGAGUCACGGAAUUUCUGAGCCAAGUGCGGGUUGUCUGAAAGCCCCGAGCCACUCCCACCCCAUCCUGCAGCCUUGGUGUUCAUUCUAAUGCUGCCUUUUCCUACACUCCCUUCCAGGGCCUGUCUCUCCAGAAACAAGGCAGCUCAUGGAACGCGGGAGUGUGUUAGGGAAACUGACUUUUAUCCAAUCCUUUGUUUAGACUCUUUGUAUUUCAAGUCGGUGAUUCCAUUCUCUGGGCUGACCUUGCUGCCACAUACCAUUCCUCUUCCAUUCCAGUGUGGAGGCUUCUGUGAGGAGGCAGGGGGGCAAGAAAGAGCUGCUCCUCUUGGCCCUCGGGUGAGUCACUUCCCUUCUCUUGAGUUUCCCAUGCAGAGGGUGGGAGUGGCUGGUGGCCAAGGCCCUCCCAGCUCCAGCACUCUGACCCCUGGCCCCUUGCUGCAUUUUGGUCUGAAGAGCAGGCCCACCAGCCCUGCUCCACUUGGACAAGUCCCUUCUCCUGCUGGGGCCUCAAAUUCCCCAUCUAUGACAUGAGAAAAUGGAACUAGAUCUGUGAAGUCCUUACAGCUGUCACCGGUGGGUUCCACAGGAGGUUCAUGACAGGCAGAUCUGGUUCCUCUGAUCCUCCAUAGUCUAAGCUACAUAGAAAGUUGAUAGAAUUAGCUAAUCGCCCAAAAAACCACCCCCAGAGAUGUGGCUCUAUUGAGGUGGCUUAGCGCAGAGAUCCUGUUCUGUUGAUUGAAUAAAGUCAGGCUACUGGGACAAGCCUUGCCUGUUAAUGAACGGUGGUAAGGCCUGCCAUUUUCACUGUGAGCGGCUUCCUACCUGAGACUGUUCUGUCCUUUCUUUUUCUACUAUGUCUACACUCUACUCGAACAAAAAAAACCCUACCUUUGGUGGCUGGGAGUAUGUUUGAAACCAUUUCUUCCCCCAGAUGGGAGGGAUAGCAGGCUUCAGGUGUCACGGUGAGCUUGUCCUGGGAGCAGAGCUGGGUCCUAGAGCCACACCGGGGGCACAUAUCAAGGUGUCUGUCUGAAUUCUGUGGGAAACCAGGAUCAGGCUUGAGCCACCCCAGCAUACUGCACUUCUUGUCUUAGCCAGUUGUCCCACCUGCCAAACAGCUUCCCAGCAGCAUGUUACUGCUUCUGCUGUUACUGCCCAAACACACACCAUCAGGUUUCCUAGUUAAUGUACGUGGCAAGCCCUGAUGGCCCCCAGGCCGACCACUGGCGCCCUGGGCCCAGCAUUUGGGCCAGGAGAUGCUCAUUCUGAGAGCAAACCUAGAAAGGCUGGAUUGUAAGUCGGGGGACCUUCCCCUUGGCUGCACUUUGGUCCCACCCAGUUCUGGCUAGGGUCUGGGGUGUGGCCUGGGCAUCAUGCAUUUUAAAGCUCCGUAGAUGAUUCUAAUGUGCCGAGUUGAUUCAUGGUUCCCAGCGUACUUCCGGGCAGUGGCCGUCCCUGAGCGGCUUUGUAGCUGAGUGUUUCUUUUGAGUAAUUUGCUCUGUACAUUAUCAGAUGAUGUACACUCUCUGCUUUUAAUGGUCUGCUCAUUUAUUUGUUGAGGGACUGCCACAUACCACUGUGCUGUGAGGCACUUUUAUAUAUCAUUUUCAUACCUUAAACUGUGCAAGGUGGGUGCUGUUCUUUUACGGAUGAGGAACCUGAAGCUCCAUUCAGCAACUUGAGGAUGCACAGUAUCAGAACUAGAAUCCGAGUAUUGAC